CCGCGCGGGCGUCCCUUCCUGCAGGUUCCCCUCGGGCCCAGCAGCGGCCCCGGCUUCCUGCACCUGCCCCGCCCCCCUCCUCCGGCCUAGCUGCUCGUUCUCGCGCGCUCAGACCUGCCUCGCGUCCUGGGCCCUCGGGGCCCAGUCUCAGGGCCGGGGGCCGGGUGCCAGCAGGGACCGACGAGGUUCCUCCGGCAUCUUGAAGUUCACAUUCGGGAGGGGAAACGCCGAAUAGAAGCAAAUGCUACAGUUUGCAGACCCCGAGAAGCUCCCUUGAAAGCGGGACAGGCGAUCGUAGGCCAGAGUGAUGGGGUGAAAAUGCCUCGUGUAAAAGCAGCUCAAGCUGGAAGACAGGGCCCUGGAAAGAGACGACUUGCAGAACACUUUGCAGCUGGGGAGAUAAUCACUGAUAUGACGAAGAAGGAGUGGAAACUAGGAUCGCCCAUUGGCCAGGGUGGCUUCGGUUGUAUAUAUCUUGCUGAUAUGAAUUCUUCAAAAUCGGUGGGAAGCGAUGCACCCUGUGUUGUAAAAGUGGAGCCCAGUGACAAUGGACCUCUCUUUACUGAAUUGAAGUUCUACCAGCGAGCUGCCAAACCAGAGCAAAUUCAGAAGUGGAUUCGCACCCAUAAACUGAAGUACCUGGGCGUUCCUAAGUAUUGGGGGUCUGGCCUACAUGAUAAAAAUGGAAAAAGUUACAGGUUUAUGAUAAUGGAUCGCUUUGGAAGUGACCUUCAGAAAAUAUAUGAAGCAAAUGCCAGAAGGUUUUCUCGGAAAACUGUCUUGCAGCUAAGCUUGAGAAUUCUGGAUAUUCUGGAAUAUAUUCACGAGCAUGAGUAUGUACACGGAGAUAUCAAGGCCUCAAAUCUUCUUUUGAGCUACAAGAAUCCUGACCAGGUGUACUUGGUAGAUUACGGCCUUGCUUACCGGUAUUGCCCAGAAGGAAUUCAUAAAGAAUACAAAGAAGACCCCAAAAGAUGUCAUGAUGGCACUAUUGAAUUCACCAGCAUUGAUGCGCACAAUGGUGUCGCCCCGUCAAGACGUGGUGAUUUGGAAAUCCUUGGUUAUUGCAUGAUCCAGUGGCUUAGUGGCCAUCUUCCUUGGGAGGAUAAUUUGAAAGACCCUAACUAUGUUAGAGAUUCCAAAAUUAGAUACAGAGAAAAUAUUGCAGACUUCAUGGACACAUGUUUUCCUGAGAGAAACAAGCCAGAUGAGAUUGCUAAAUACAUGGAAACAGUGAAAUUACUGGACUAUGCCGAGAAACCUCUUUAUCAGAAUUUGCGAGACACUCUUUUGCAAGGACUGAGAGCUAUAGGAAGCAAGGAUGACGGCAAGUUGGACCUCAGCCUCGUGGAGAACGGAGGCUUGAGAACAAAGUCAAUAACAAAGCGCAAGAAAGGAAUCGAGGAGAGCACUGAAUCCAGUGUUGAAGAUAUGGAAUGCUCAGGUACACAGACAGAAGAGGCCACAAAAACCCCCAUUUUCCGAUCCCUGCUGUUCUCCCCGCCUCCCGUCUUGUUCAUUUUGUUAUUAGGAAGUGAGGAGUCCCGAGGAGCAGUGCAUGGAAGCCUGUGUCAGCCAGAGGCUAGCGGCAGCAGCUACGACAGUUCAAAAACCAGAAAGAGAGUCCAGAAGUAAAUCAAAUGCUGUCAACCGACUUUUCUUUUCUUCCUGUCAUUUGACUUUUUCCUCUUUUUCUAUUUUAAAUGUUAUAUUUUCAUGUGAGUCUUUGAGGAUGGGGCUGACCAUGAAAUACUAUGUCUUUGAAAAAUAUAAACUUUUUUUAUUAAGUAAAUACUUUGCACAAUUUAUUAAAGGCUAAUUAUAAAAUUGAAAAUCUAUAGGUCAUACUCUUUCAGCUGAUCCCAAGCUGUAUGUGUUUGAGGUUCUGAAGCAGCUGUAAGAAAAACCACCAUGAUGUGUACUUUCUAAUCAUUGUCCAUUGCCCCGAGUGUAUAGAAAUGCUUGGCAAAAUCUUCCCCUUUAAGCAGAUAUACAAACCUUAAAAUAAAGGUCUCUUUUUGCAUGAUACAAAUACACCAUUUGUUGUGGCCAUAA